GCUCGUGCAGCUGUCUGAGCUGUCAGUUUACGCCCAACAAUAUUUUUACGUUCUGUACAGUUUAACAUCAGUUAAAAUUCUCAUUAAAACCUGCAGAGAAGAUUAGGCUGCCUUUUCAAUUUUGAUACGUUUGAUACGCAGAGCCAAUCAAUUUUUUUCAUGCUUCUACAGAAUAGAAGACCGGAACGGUUCAAUUAUUACAUCAUAAGUCUUUAAAGAAACGCCUUCGAAAUUUCGACAAUGUCUAGUUUGCUUGCCCAAUACGAGCAAGAAGCUCAGCAAAUCCAAAGAUCAGGAAUGGGCACAACUGGUUUUAUCAAUAUCCUGAUGGAAGAGGAGCCAGCUAUGUUCAGUAAAUUAAGAGUUAACAUUCCAUCAAGAGCACCGGUUCAGCGACUGGUUGCCAGCAAUGACAUUGCUCUGAUUGCUCUGACUGAUAAUACAAUUUACCGCAUUAAUCAAAAAUAUCCUGAUAAAUUUGAGGAACUUGAUCUAGGCAAACCUAUGACGGUGCCGAUGAGGAUUGUAGGAAUAUUUCUCGAUCCUUGGGGUCAGCAUGCGUUAGUCAGUGUGGCCUCCAAACAUGGAGACGCUCAGCCUGAGCUGCUCUUCUUAUCUGGCAAGUCGACCAAGUUCCGUCUAAGCAGCCGAGCGAGGGGCUGCGAAAUAACAGCUGUAGGCUGGAACCACAUCAACAACACACCUGCCACGACAGGUCCCAUACUCGCAGGUUCCUCCAAAGGGCUCCUGUUUGAGUGUGAGUUUUUGGCUGAAACAGACAGGAUGUUCCUAAUGAGCUGGGAAAAAUGUUGGAAAGAGGCUUAUGACAUCGGGAAAGGCUCCAUCAUGCCAAUCCUCGGUUUGGAGUUUCACAAGGCUUUAGCUGUCUCAGAUCGCUAUUACGUUCUGGCGAUCACUGCCAACCGCAUCUAUCAGUUCGCUGGCAGCACGAGCGGACCAGAUGACAAACCAAUUCUGCUACAGAUAUUCAACAGCAACCUCAACUCUAGCAUUCCAGAACAAUAUUUGGAAAUUUCGCCGCCACUAAAGAACUCGAGGCUCCAAUUCUACUUCAACCAAAUCAAAGAAGCGCCGAAAACAUAUGGCUGGCUGAAUUCCAAAGGCUUGUUCCAUUCUGAUGUUGACAGCACAAGCCUCCCAGGACAAAAUAGAUUUGCAGCUUGCAAGGUGGUUAAGUUCGGUUCGGCAGAUGGAGUAGCGCCUGAUUUGCCAACUUCCUUCACCCUGACGCAAUUCCACGCCGUUUUUCUUUACCCAGACAGAAUUGAGGCUGUUUGUUUGCUCAAUGAAGAGAAAAUAUUUGAAGAUCAAUUUCAGACUGAAUUGUCUGGAAAGCUGCUAGGAAUAUCAAAAGAUUCGCUUAAAGGAUACAUCUGGGUGUAUUCUGAGAAGUCAGUUUUCAAAUACAAGGUGACCCAAGAGAACAGAAACAUGUGGAAAGUAUUUCUCGACGCUGGUGACUUUGAACGGGCCCUUGAUUUCUCUAAAGACAAUGUGAAGCACAUGGAAACUGUUUUGGUUAGGAAAGCAGAGACGCUGUUCCAAAAGGAGAAGUACUUGGAGAGCGCUCAUGCCUUUGCUGAAACGCAGAGCUCAUUUGAGGAAAUCGCUCUGAAGUUUUUACAAAAAUGGGAGAUCGAAGCACUGAAGACCUUCCUGCGCUUGAAACUAGAAAAAAUCAAACCGCAAGACAAAACCCAAAUUACCAUGUUGUGCAUUUGGGUAAUAGAGCUGUUCAUGAAUCAGCUUGGUGAGCUUAGAGACAGUGGGAAAUCUGAUUCUGCAGAGUACGCAUUACUUCAAAAUCAUUUUGACAGCUUUAUGAGCCAUCGUCUUGUGCAGGAAUGCGCGAGGAACAAUUGUGACACAAUUUACGAUCUGAUGGCCAGCCAUGGCGACAAAGACAAUCUGGACAAAUUCACCCUACUCAAUAAAGACUACGAACGCGUGAUUGCCCAGAACAUUCAGAAGAAUUGCUUCGACGAAGCACUGAACGUUCUUAGGGAGCACGGGAGAAAGGACAGCUUCUAUCAGUUCGCUCCAGCACUCAUGCAGGCCAUUCCCAAAAGAAUGGUUCAAGCCCUGAUAGGCCAGGGCAGGAGUUUGUCGCCAGCCAAACUAAUCCCAGCACUGGUGUUGUGUGAUAAGGGCUCCAGCGACUUGCAGGCGUGGGAAACAAUCCGCUACCUGAAACAUUGUGUUGAAGACCUGCAGUGCAAGGACCAGGCCAUUCACAACUACUUACUUGCCCUCUACGCCAGGCUAGAUCCAGGAAAACUCAUGGACUACCUAUCUAGGCAAGGAACCGAAAUUUCGCUAGUCAAUUACGAUCCUCACUAUGCGCUGAGAAUAUGUCAAGAGAGGGAAAUAAAGGAAGCGUGCGUCCAAUUGUCCUGUCUGCUGGGUCUGUGGGAGUCUGCUGUGGACUUGGCGUUGCUGGUCAAUCUUGAAUUGGCGAAACAAACUGCGUCCCAAACGCCUGACGACAAUGAGCUCAGAAAAAGGCUUUGGCUCAAAAUCGCCCGUCAUGUUGUGGAAGAAACCAAAGACGUGAAGCAAGCCAUGGCGUUCAUGGAGCAGUGCGAGUUGAUCAAAAUCGAAGACAUUCUGCCAUUCUUUUCUGAUUUCGAGAAAAUCGACCACUUUAAAGAAUCUAUUUGCAAGUCUCUGCAAGAAUACAAUCAACACAUCCAAGAACUGAAGGAAGAAAUGGAGGAGGCGACAAAGUCUGCCGAAGUCAUUAGAGAGGAGAUAAACGCGUUUAAAAACAAGUCCGCCUUUGUGUCUGGUUACGACACUUGUCAUUUGUGUGACCAGCAGCUGAUGAGCAGAGCUUUCUUCCUUUUCCCCUGCUCGCACAGAUUCCACAUGGACUGCUUGCAAACGCAAGUUAUCCCGAUGCUAUCAAGCAAACAGCUGGCACGAUUGAAAGAAUUGCAGCUUAAACUGGCCUCUAUGACUGUCAAAGAGGAUGCAGCUUCAAUCGGCUCCUCUGCAAUCAGCACCAGAGAGCAAGUUCGGUCAGAGGUUGAUUCGUUGGUUGCGGGAGAAUGCAUUUACUGUGGUGAAAACAUGAUUAGGUCUAUCGAUCGUCCAUUCAUCGAUGAGGCUGAUCAUGAUGAUAUAAUGAAGGAUUGGGAAUAGCUGCCAAUAUAUUUGUGAUGAAAAAUCUUUUUUUCUGUAAACUAUAAAGCAGAGUUUUCGUCCUAUCAGCGUCAAUAUUUAUAUUCCAUGCCUAGCGUUGUUUGACAAAUUUAUCUCAUCUUGUGUUCUGAAAAUUUCUGAAAAAUAUCCUAAAAUAAAAAAUCAUUUUUUUUCUUAA